GACACGGUGACGCAUUACAGAAGACAGCAGUGAGGACUGAGGGCACGACUGGAUCCAUAACUUUGCUAUCAAAAUGUCAAAGGUAUAUAAGAAGACCAGCGGCAACGGACAUAUUGCCCUGUACUUGGGGAAGAGAGACUUUGUGGACAAUGUGGAUUCAGUGGAAGUAGUUGACGGUGUCAUUAAAGUGGACCCUUCAGGUCUUGGCGGGAAAAAAGUAUUUGUCUACCUUGCUUGUGCCUUCCGCUAUGGAAGCGACGACUUGGAUGUUAUCGGGCUGUCCUUCAGGAGAGACAUCUGGAUACAGCGCGUUCAGGUGUAUCCACCGACAGGUGCAACCACAGCCAAAACACCAAUGCAGGAAUCCCUCAUGAAGAAAACUGGAGAGCAAGGAUGUCCAUUUUCCUUCCAGAUGCCAUCAAAUCUGCCAUGCUCAGUCUCCCUGCAGCCUGGGCCAAAUGAUGCUGGCAAGGCUUGUGGUGUGGACUUUGAGGUUAAAGGAUACGUUGCCAACACAGCAGAUGAAGAAGUUGAGAAGAAGGACACGUGUCGCCUGAUGAUUCGCAAAAUACAAUUUGCACCAGCUAACAACAAGCCUGGACCCAAGGGUGAUAUAGCAAAGCAGUUUAUGCUGAGUGACAAGCCUGUUAACUUGGAGGCCUUCCUUGAAAAAGAGAUUUAUUACCACGGAGAUCCAAUCACCGUCAAUGUAAAGAUCAACAACGAAACCACCAAGGUUGUGAAGAAAAUCCAAAUUUCAGUUGAGCAGCAGGCAAGUGUGGUGCUCUACUCAUCUGAUACUUACACCAAGGCGGUCUGCUCCGAGGAGUUUGCGGAGACAAUUGACGCCAACUCUUCAUUCGAGAAGUCCUUCCAAAUAACCCCCCUGCUGGCCAACGCCAAAGAGAAGCGGGGUCUUUCAGUAGACGGCCGGCUAAAAGACGAGGACACCAACCUAGCAUCCACUACCCUGAGUCAAGGAGAAAAGGAGAUGCAGGGAAUCAUCAUCUCCUAUAAAGUCAAGGUCAAUCUAGCGCUGGGCGGCGGAGGCCUGCUGGGUGGCUUAACAGGAAGCGAUGUCACUUUGGAGCUUCCUUUGACUCUGAUGUCCCCAAAACCUGCAGAAGUGUCAGAAAUCUCAAUUGACGCCAUGGAGGGUUGAGAUGACCAGCGAAGGAAAAAUCACCUCUCUGACAGAGAAUACAGAACAAAAAGGAACUCAACACCAAUGAAGAAAAGCACAAAGUGUCAUUUAAUCACUAAAAUUGUUCUUAUUUCACCUGUACAUAUACAUGUUCAUUAGGUAUUACCACAAGAGCUCAAAAAGAGUCACUGAAAAAGAUCCAAAACUCUGUGUGACAUUUCUCUGAAUGCCAAUAUAGCAUUGAAUAGAAAUAAACAAGUAUUGUAUAUGUUUCUUUGUCAAAAGAAAUGAUUCGUAGACUUUUUUCUCGAUGUGUUUUGAUUACCAAACCUCUAAUUAUCCUUAAUCUUUAUUGCUGUCAUUAGAGCCAUGAUAUAUUAUUACUGAAUGUGCAGCUGUGGGAUAAAUAUCCCCAUGCUACUUGUGUCACUAUUUAUUGACAAGAAAAGUUAAUAAACUUAUUGU